AUGUCACCCGAGUCUAUGGCCGAGGACCAGAAAGCCAGGCCUCCUCGUGCUCCUAAGCGUCGGCGAGCAAGUGCUGCCGGUCGGACCGUCUGCCCUCAAGUCAUCAUGCUCGGCCUCGACGACAACCUUUUAGACCGGUCUGACACGCCUCCGAGCGAAACAAUCUUGGGGUCGUCCGUGAACCCUGUACUCCUGUCUCCCGAUGACGGUGACGACGACGAUGACAGCUCCAUUCAUACAGGCUUUAAGCCCCCUCUACCCCUUGACGUGGCCUCGUCUCAGCAACGCCCUUCAUCCGAACCAGAAACACUCGAAGGCGAGUCGGACCCUCCACAAUCAGACGAGUCCGUGAGUGACUGGAGCGGAGCCACCCUUAUAGGGCUUGGACGCGACCCGUCAUGUGACGCGAUCGCGACGAGUCUAUCCGCACAGCCACCUGCUCUUGUGGAUUAUGACGUUCCAGAGGACGAGGCGGCCUCUACAGUGUCAACAGAAGUGGAUCGGCUGUUAGCACAGCCAUCCCUAUCUGUCAAGCCAGAGGCUCUGGUUGACAAGGUCACCUGUUGGGCCGAGAGCGGCCCUCGCCUCCGACUGCGUGUCAAACCACCCAAGAUCACGCCCCGUCUCAAGGUCCCAGAAGGCCACUCAACAACUCAACUCGACGACAACAAGGGCAUCACACACGGUAAGGGAAAGAAGGUGGUGUCAAAGCAGAAGAAGCCAAGUGCAGGUAAACGUAAGAAAGCAUCUCGUUGA